UACUCGUACCCUGCCCCGGAGCACAAGUCUAGACUGAGCUCAGCCCCUUCCUACUUUGUGGAGGUUCAGCUUUAUCUGGGGACCAGGGGGGUCAUUUAGGAGCUUGCGCGUCUUCAGUUGAACGAAGGUUCUGUUGGACACUAGGGGGGAGUGAGCGGCAACCGGCGGCUGGGAUUUGAUCUUUUCUGCGUUAAAGUCCGCCUGGAGAGGUCGAGCUCGGAGUCAUGACGACCAUCUCGGCUUUGUGGGUGCUAUUACUGUGCCAGCUUUUGACAACCUCCUCUGGACAGAGACCAGGCCCCCGAGGGUCUGCUGGGCUACCGGGGCCACCAGGGCCCCCUGGACGGGAUGGCACGGAUGGCAGACCUGGACCUCCUGGAAUGCCAGGGAAAGCAGGCCCAAAAGGGAAAGCAGGAAUAUCGGGAAACCCAGGAAAACCAGGCUUGCCAGGACUUCCUGGGGUGGAUGGUCUGACAGGUCCUGAUGGUCCCGCCGGGAGGGACGGACCAGCAGGGGAAUCUGGAGAAUCCGGACCUCCUGGGCCACCUGGACCUCCUGGCAGAGGGAGAUCAGGAGCUCCAGGUUUACCCGGAACUAAUGGCUUGCCAGGAGGCGUCGGACCUCAGGGAGCUGUGGGUGCUGAGGGUCUGCCAGGACUUCCUGGACCUCUUGGUCCUGAUGGGCCUCCUGGUCUUCCUGGUACUCUUCAUGACCUUAGUGGUGACCUCCUGUGUCCUGCCAUCUGCCCACCUGGUCCUCCUGGUCCUCCUGGGAUGCCAGGAUUUAAGGGACACACCGGACAUAAAGGAGACAAGGGAGAAGUUGGCAAAAACGGAGAGAAGGGUGACCCCGGUCCGCCUGGUCCACCAGGUUUUCCUGGCACAGUUGGCCUGCAGGGCCCACGUGGUCUAAGAGGUUUGCCAGGUCCAAUGGGCUCUGUGGGAGACAGAGGCCUGCCAGGAUUUAGAGGCAAACCUGGCAUCGUCGGUAUCAUCGGAAAGACAGGUGAUACUGGAGAAAGGGGUCCUCAGGGAUUCAGAGGUCCUAAAGGAGAAAUUGGUAAAAUUGGCCCGAAAGGAGCUGUCGGGGGAGCAGGGCCCAAAGGGGAGCCUGGGAUUCCUGGCAGAGAUGGCAAAGAUGGCACACCUGGAAUGGAUGGUGAGAAGGGUGAUGCUGGGCGCCAUGGCGUAGUUGGAGAGAAAGGACCCAAUGGACUUCCUGGUCUACAAGGAAAGGCUGGUGCCAAAGGAUCCAAAGGAGAAGUUGGUGAUGCAGGAAAGACUGGGGAGACGGGACCCUCUGGAGAGCCAGGUAUUCCUGGUGAUAUUGGCAUCCCAGGAGAGAGAGGCAUAGCAGGACCCAGAGGAGUGGCUGGAGGACUUGGACCUGUAGGUAACCCAGGAUCUCAGGGAGUGAAAGGCUUCCAGGGUGUAACAGGAGCUUUGGGAGAUCCAGGUCUUCCAGGUCCAACAGGAAUUCGUGGAGAAUUUGGAGAAAGGGGGCCAGUGGGCGCUUCAGGAGCUAAAGGAGACAUGGGCGUAGCAGGAAGUGAUGGUUUACCUGGAGAGAAUGGGGAACCUGGUCAUUUUGGACCAGUUGGACAAAAAGGAGAGCCUGGGAAGCGAGGAGAACUGGGACCCAAAGGUGUGUCUGGGCCACAAGGGGAGAUCGGGGCAAGAGGUCCCCCGGGAAAACCAGGACUAAUGGGCUUCCAGGGAGAGCAGGGUCUUCCUGGCAUUGCUGGAAAGACAGGUGUACCUGGUAAACUGGCGAGUGAACAACACAUCAGAGAGUUGUGUGGCUCAAUGAUCGAUGAUCAGAUCGCACAGCUGGCUGCUAAUCUUCGCAGACCUCUGGCCCCAGGGAUGGUGGGCCGACCCGGACCUGCUGGACCCCCAGGACAGCCAGGAGUAGCCGGCUCCAUUGGUCAUCCAGGUGCUCGUGGACCUCCAGGAUAUAGAGGCCUGCCAGGAGAACUUGGAGAUCCUGGUCCCAGAGGUGAUGUUGGUGAGCAGGGUGAUAAGGGAACCAUCGGCAAAGCAGUUGAGGGCCCCAUUGGAGACCAAGGCUACCAAGGUCUUCCAGGAGUGCCAGGAAUUGUUAAAGAUGGCCGUGAUGGAUCACCAGGUGAUCCAGGUGAGUCUGGCGAACACGGCAGGGUGGGUAGAACUGGGCACCAAGGACCUCCUGGACUCUGCGAUACAACAGCCUGUCAAGGAGCAUCGGUUGCUGGGAAAUCAUCCAACCCCAAAAACCAUUAAACAUCACUUCCUGCCACCUGUCGCCAUCCACGCCAACAACAAAAGGUGAAAAAAAAAAAACAAAGGAUGGAAUUAAAGACAAGAGUGGUCGCAGAAAUGCCCUCUUUUUUAUGAAUAUGCUUAUCACAAGAUGGAAGGGAAACAUCAGCAGGUGUGACAUUUUGAGAGGAAUAUCAAAGACGUGAUGUGACUAACAGCAACAAAAAUCAAGACGCCGUCCAUAUAAAAGGUGGAUGCAAGGGGGGGAAAAAAAGACCAGACAUCAGGAUUCCACCCAGGACUUUCAGAUUUCAAAAAAGUGGAAAAAUGAAAGAUGAUGAAAGUUAUAUAUGUAUAAAAACCUUAUACAUGUUGUCCUUGCCCCCAUUACUAAUGACCAUCAUGGUCUACUCUGACAACAAUUGUGUGCAUGCAGCAUGGCCCACAGACGUAGCACCCAGGUGUUACCUCAGCAUAGAAACUUCUGUGUUAAACAUGCAAACAGGUGCAGUGGGCCUCUGUAAAACAGCAGAGUAUGUACAAUCAAAAAUAAAGGACAAACAAGCAGGUGGCCAGAAAAUAUUUGUGUAGAUUAAUGGAAGCAAGCUGAAACCUUUUGUCUUUUUUUUUUUUUUAGUUGUUUAUGUUCUUACUUGAUAACAGUUGAAUCUCUAGAAUCGAAUGCCAAAUAAAACAUGUGGAUGAAGAAAUCAAUACAUUGUAAAAUAAAUUCAAUAACAGUUAAGGUACAGUUCUUUUUCCUUUUUUUUAAGAUUGAAUUCUGCAAUGACCACAUCCACUAUGUGCUAAAGGUGCUGUAACUAUUACAUAAAACAAUUUCAUACUAUUUAUUAUUUGUGGGUAACUGUUGUAUGUACAAUAAGAUGACACGGCGACAUGUUGUAAGAAAGAACAAAUAA